AAAGCAUCUUUCGCGUCCAGCAUCCACUGUUAUUAUUAGCCUUGGCGGAGAAACGUCAAGACACCUGUUACUUUACCUGCAUUCCAAAAUGGCGCCCAGGUAUGCGAGGUAAUAACCUCAGUUCAACAGUUAAGUUAAGCGUAGCCAGCAGUGAGAAAAAGAAUCGACCGCGCGCGAAUCGAUCUUACCGAUGGCUGUGUUUCGAUAAGUAAAUAUGUGCCCAGAAACGUAAUAAAAACGAAACUAAUCGGAUGUGCAACGAACACAAAAAAAAGUUUUUAACCUACUAGCCAUCGUCUUGUCGCGAAGAGUGCCCUCCAAGUGGACGCGUGUGAUAUACUUAAGAACAGUCAUGUUUUCAAGCUCAGUAAUCUCGAAAGAUGUCUCAAAAGGACUUUACAGAAGUUGAGCCUGAAGGGACUACAGAACUUUCUUCAGCAAAUAGGACAUUAUUUCUCGAGAAGGUUCGUCAAUCAAACGCAGCUUGUCAGAAUGGGGACUUUGCUACAGCUGUUGCCCUUUAUACUGACGCUCUACAGUUGGAUCCCACAAAUCACAUCCUCUACUCGAACAGGUCAGCAGCAAAAUUAAAGCAAGGGCUCUUUGCUCAGGCCCUACAAGACGCCAUUACAGCAAAGGAACUUUGUCCUACCUGGCCAAAGGCCUAUUACAGACAAGGAGUUGCUCUUCAGUGUAUGGGAAGUCAUGGCGAAGCUUUGGCAGCAUUCAGUGCCGGACUGGCUCAAGAUCCAUCCUCUCAACAAUUGCUAUCGGCUCUAUUGGAAGCCUCUAUUAAGUCCCCCCUCAGGCAUAACCUAGAGCCUAUUUUUCAACAGUUAGAAUUAAUGAAACUUGACCAAAGUCCAUUCGUACUAAUAUCAGUUGUCGGUCAAGAACUGUUAGCUGCUGGCUUGUAUCAUUCUGCAGUUACUGUUCUCGAAUCAGCUUUAAGAAUCGGUUCUUGUUCAUUAAAGCUUCGAGGAUCGGUGUUUAGUGCUUUAAGUUCUGCUCAUUGGGCACUAAACCAGCUUGAUAAAGCAAUAGGAUAUAUGCAACAAGAUCUAGCCAUUGCCAAAAGUUUAGGAGACACGGCUGGAGAAUGCAGAGCCCAUGGAAAUUUAGGAAGCGCAUAUUUUAGUCAGGGAUCUUACAAAGAAGCCCUAACGGCUCAUAGGUAUCAACUAGUUCUUGCCAUGAAAUGUAAGGAUACACAAGCAGCUGCAGCAGCGCUGACGUCAUUAGGGCAUGUAUAUACAGCAAUAGGGGAUUAUCCAAAUGCUUUAGCGUCUCAUAAACAAUGUGUACAGCUAGUUAAACAAAUGGGAGAUAAAUUACAAGAAGCAAGAGAAAUUGGAAACGUUGGAGCAGUUUACCUUGCCAUGGGCGAUUUCGAUUCAGCAGUUGAUUGUCAUACUCAACAUUUAAAGAUUGCAAGGCGUUUAGGAAAUCAAGUUGAAGAGGCGCGGGCCUACAGUAAUUUAGGAUCGAGUCAUCACUACAGAAGGAAUUUUUCACAAGCAAUCGUAUACCAUGAAAAAGUAUUAAGAUUAGCACAAGCUAUAGGAGAUAAAUCUGUAGAAGCGAGAGCGUAUGCUGGCCUAGGCCAUGCUGCUCGUUGUGCUGGAGAUUAUGCUCAAGCUAAACAUUGGCAUGAAAGGCAACUUGAUAUGGCCCUGGCUACAAGAGAUAAAGUUGCGGAAGGAAGAGCAUGUUCAAAUUUAGGAAUCGUUUAUCAACUGCUUGGUGAACACGAUGCUGCUCUAAAACUUCAUCAAGCCCAUUUAGCAAUUGCAAGAAGUCUUCAAGACCGGGCAGGAAUGGGUAGGGCUUAUGGAAAUAUUGGUAAUGCUUAUUCUGCAGCUGGUUUUUAUGAAUCAGCCAUCAAAUAUCACAAACAAGAACUGACCAUUAGUAAAGAAGUUCAUGACAGGAGUGCUGAGGCCAGUACUCAUGGAAAUUUAGCUGUGGCAUACCAAGCAUUGGGAGCCCAUGAUAUGGCGCUUAUGCAUUACAGAGCUCACUUAGGAAUCGCUAGAGAACUAAAGGAUACUGCAGGAGAAGCUUGUGCCCUUUUAAACCUUGCUAAUUGUCUGAGCUCAAAAUCAGAAUUUGCUGAAGCCAUUCCAUACUAUGAACAAUACCUGAUGCUUUCUCAGGAACUUGCGGAUGUGGAAGGUGAAGCUAAAGCUUGUCACUUUUUAGGGUAUGCUCAUUACUGUAUUGGCAACUUCCGUGAAGCUGUUCGUUAUUAUGACCAAGAUUUAGCACUUGCAAAGGACCUGCAGGAUAAGAUGAAUAUGGGAAGGGCAUAUUGCAAUCUAGGACUUGCCCAUCUCGCUCUUGGCCAACUCGACACGUCAUUGGAAUGCCAGAAAUACUUUUUGGCGAUUGCUCACAUGACCAACAACAAUGCCGGUAAAUUUAGAGCUCUUGGAAAUAUAGGAGAUGUUUUAAUUAAAAUGGGAGAAGUAGAAGAGUCAAUAAAAAUGUAUCAUAGACAGUUAGCAUUAGCUAGAAGUGGUCGAGAUAGACCCAUGGAGGCAGCUGCGUGUGGUGCUUUGGGAAUCGCUCACAGGCUGCUUAGAAGAUUUGAUAAAGCCCUUGGUUAUCACACACAAGAAUUAACUUUGCGACAAGAGAUGUCAGACUUAUCUGGUGAGUGUAGAGCUCAUGGCCAUCUUGGAGCUGUGCACAUGGCUUUAGGAAACUAUACUCAUGCAGUAAAAUGUUAUCAAGAACAGCUAGAAAGGGCACAAGAACUACAAGACUGCGGAGUUGAAGCCCAAGCAUAUGGAAAUCUCGGAAUAACUAGGUUGAACAUGUCACACUAUGAAGACGCAAUAGGUUAUUUUGAACAACAGUUAGCAACACUGGAAAGACUGAGCACUCCAACAUCUCAACUUGACAGAGGUCGAGCAUUUGGAAACUUAGGAGAUUGCUAUGACGCCUUAAGCGACCCAGAAGAUGCAGCUAAAUGUCAUGAACAAUAUUUGUCUAUUGCUUUGAAAUUAAAAAGUGUACGUGACCAAGAACGUGCAUAUAGAGGAUUGGGUCAAAGCUACAAACUUCUUGGUAAUCUCCAACAAGCACUGGUGUGUUUUGAGAAGCGUUUAGUAGUGGCUCAUGAAUUGGGCAAUUCUGAAGCGAAAGCCGCAGCGUAUGGAGAAUUGGGACAGCUCCAUGCCACUCUUGGUAAUUUGGAACAAGCCAUUUCUUGUCUGGAACAUCAAAAAAGUAUUGCCCGAGAUUUAAAUGAUAAAGUAAUGGAAGCAGACGCUAUUAGUGGACUGGGAUUAGUCUAUCAACAGAUGGGAGAUUACACCACGGCUUUGAGAUACCAUCAAACUGAUUUGGAAAUUGGUGAGCAAUUAGGAUUGCCACAGUUCCAAGGAAGAGCUUUUGGAAACCUUGGUUCUGUGCAUGAAGCACUUGGAAACUUAGAGCAAGCGGUUAGGUAUCAGGAGCAACAUUUAUCAGCAGCAGCCAGUACAAACGAUCAGCUGUCAAAAACAUUUGCAUACAGUUCUCUUGGGCGAGUACAUCAGCUUCUAGGAAACCGAGCUCAGGCCAUCGCUUACCUUUCUCAGGGUCUUUGCAUUGCUGAGUCAUUAGGAAGAAGGGAUGAGGAGGCAAAAAUAAGAAAUCGACUGGGCCUCGCUUUUUGGGCAAACGGUGAACUAGAAGAAUCACGAAAGCAACUGGAAGCCGCCACCCACUUGCUAGAAAAUUUGAGCAGAGAAACGAAAACUUGUCCCGACUACAAAUUAUCAUUAUCUGAAUUACAGGUAUCAACGUAUCAGAUAUUACAAAGAAUAUUGGUUGGUCUAAAUAAGCAAGAUGAAGCCCUAGUAAUUGCAGAAAAGGGUCGUAAUGGGCCAUUUUUAGAGACAAUCCGCGAGAAACAUUCAUGUCAUAUAAAAAAUAAAGGCAAAAUUACCCGGGGUGAGGAGCAACCUGUUAAUUCCUUAGACCGUAUAAAAGAGGUGGUGAAUAGGCAACGUUCUACAGUAUUAUACUUUAGUAUUGCAGCUGGUUUCUUAUACGCAUGGUUAAUAGUUCCAACAAAAGGUGUUGUAAAGUUUCAUUCUGCAUCUCUCACCGAUAAUGCCGUAGAUUCAAAAACGUCAGAUAUUGACGACGUAAUAUCGUCCGGAAGUGGGUUACUAGAAAGACUUGUAACCUCAGUGAGAGACAGUUUAGGAAUUGAAUUGUCUCCAUGUUCUACCAUAAAUGAAGAUCAAUAUUUUGAAGACACCAUGUCUGAACGUACAGGAUUCCUAAGAAUGGUUAACAGACAACACUUACUUAAUUCAAGUAACUACUCUUUGAGUUCCCUAUUCUCCUUGGGUAGUGUAGGGGGAUCCGUUGCGUCUCUUCAGGGAUCUACCAGGUCAAGCGCCAGUGCCCAGGGGUCGACCAGAGUUUCAAAAAAACCUUUGUCGUGGAAAGGUCCCAGUUGCUUAAAUGCUUUAUAUCAACUUCUGAUACAACCUUUUGAAGACUAUCUACCAUCAAAAACAUGUUCCUCACCUAAAGACAAUACGUUCCGUCGUGAAUUAAUUAUUGUGUUGGAGAAAGAUUUAUAUCUUGUGCCUUUUUCCGUUUUACGCUCUGCAAAUGAGAAUUCCGAAUAUUUAUGCGAACGCUUUUCUCUGCUCGUGGUACCAAACUUGGCAUGUCUAAAGACAAUCAGGCAAAAGAAAGAUGAUCUGGAUCAAGCGGUCAGAAGUCUCGUGGUUGGGAAUCCUAAAGUGCUUCACAGUACCGCAGAACGAUGGGGUUGGAAGGACAUACCCCAAGCGGAACAAGAAGCUAACAUUGUGGCAGAACUUUUGCAAACGCAGGCAGUUGUUGGAAGUCAGGCAACCAAAGAACAUAUAAUAAGUCAAAUACAAGAUGCUGAAUGUAUACAUUUUGCCACUCACGUAUCCUGGAACAUGUCAGCCAUUGUUCUGAGCCCUAGCGAGAUGUUAGAACAAAGUCCAUCAAAGAGACUAUACAUGUCGGAUAACGGAGAUGACGAUGACGGCAACGACGUAUCAACAACAGCUGAGAUUCCAUCGCUUUCCGAAUUCUUAUUAACAGCAUCUGAUAUCCGUUCCUUACAGCUAUCAGCAAAACUAGUCGUGCUGAGUUCAUCUCAUACUAGGGACCAUCAAGGUUGGGCAACAUCUGAUGGAAUGACAACAUUGGUAAAAGCCCUUAUUAUGGCCGGCGCUCAAGCUGUUUUAAUAUCUCUUUGGCCUGUACCUGACACUGCCACAAAAAUUUUGUUAAGGGCCUUUUAUUCCGCACUUUUACAAGGAACUAGAGCAGCCAGAGCACUUGCUGAAGCCAUGCAAACCGUCCAACACACUAAGCAUUUUGCACAUCCAGCUAACUGGGCUGGAUUCGUUCUAAUUGGUAGCAACGUAAGACUGUCAAAUAAGGUUGCUUUAAUGGGACAAGCGCUGUGUGAACUUUUGAGAGUUCCUGAUAAAUGCCGAGAUGCAUUGAGAGUUACUCUUCAUCUGGUAGAAAAGAGCUUGCAACGAAUUCACAGAGGACAAAAGAAUGCCAUGUAUACUACUCAAAAAUCGAUUGAAAAUAAGGUCGGAUCAGUAACAGGUUGGAAGGAACUUUUAAUGUCGGUUGGAUUUAGGUUCGAACCCGCCUCCAAUGGUAUUCCCAGCAGUGUUUUCUUCCCUCAAUCCGAUCCUGAUGAAAGACUGACUCAAUGUUCUGCUAGUCUUCAAGCUUUAUUAGGUUUAUCUAGUACGUCUCUACAUGCUUUGUCAAAACUCAUUUCCAAUGCAGAAGUUGCUGACGACAUAAUCGCUGUGAUACAAUCAGUAAUGACUCAGUUCUCUUCAAAAUCCUCAGAAAACAGCGACUGCGUAGAAGUUUCUCUCAGUGUGAGAUUAUGGAGAGUCCCAGGUUGUCACGAACUCUUAGCAUCUUUAGGGUUUGACCUAUGUGAUGUAGGUCAAGAUAAAGUAACUCUCAGGACAGGGAAACAAGCAAACAGAAGAAAUCUUCAAUUUACAUUACAGGCUUUACUGGCUUUGUUUGAUACCCAAGAAGCGCCAAAGAGCCUUAGCAUUGACUCAUCAAGUAGUCUUGAAUCUCUUGCAUCCGCAGAUAACGACUAUUCGCAUUCUGACAACGAAAUAAGCAUGUGCCAACCUAAGCAACCUCAAAAGCAAACUUUGCCAAGGGUACUUCCACCUUUCUCGAGGACUGUGUUGCCAAGUAAACGCUUAGGAGGAGCAUUUACCAGUUAUGUACGAAGUAGAGGUGAACCAGAUGGUCGUACUGCAAAUCCGUCAGACACAAAAGCCGUAACCCUCGGUUCAUCUGCCAAUGAUAAAACAAGGAAAUCCAAUACUUUGGCAAGACCUGGUGGAGGCGAAUCAGAUGCAGCGUUCACACCCAGUCCUCCGGUUGUACUGCAACCUGACAACCAAAACAUUGCAUUAUCAUUAGCACAUCAAACAAGGAUUAGGACUCUCUAUCCUCAAAAUGAUCCUAAGAAUGAUUCGUUACGCCCUGAUUCCUCAAGUUCAGCCAGUUCAGUUAACGACUGGGAUAAUGGACAUGCAACUGUUCUUAGAAGACAAACUCAAAGUACCAUACCACCCCUACCACCGCCAAGGACUCAACCAGUGGGCGAAAACAUGUUAUAUAAUAAUCUUGCCAACGCUUCUUUUGAGAAUAGCUCCGAUAGUGAAUUGGAGAAGUUGGAAAUUAAAUUUUUCAAUACCUGUAUUCUAAAGAACAAAAUAAAGAAGAUGAAAAAUCCUAUGUCCACUUUGGACAGACUUAGUGUAAGAACUGAGAUAAACCCCUCACAAAAUACCAAUUUAGUCCAAAGUUCAGUGCGCAAACCGGUUACGUUACCAACUGAAGAAAAUAUCACGACUAACGAAAGACUUUUGUAUUUCUCUCCCAACGAUAUGGUUCCUGAAAGUUCACCUCCUAAGACUAGACAAGAGGUCGAGCCAACCCCUAGUGAAUUACCAAAAGAAUCCAAGCCUAGUGCUACGACAAUUCACGAUGCUAUUUUAGCCACCCAACUAAGACAUAUUAAUAGAGAGCUAACUCCAACAAUAUCAGAAGUUUAUCACGAAAGAAGUCUAGGUCUUGGUUUGGCACCACCGCUUUCUAAACUUCUUCUUAAUCAGACCUCAACGUCCAGCAAUCCUCCAGUGGAUGGAAAGGAGCUGGAAAAGAUUACAUUAACUAUCCUGGAAGAGACGGAACUAAGAACGGACGGAACCAAAGGAUCGGUAUGCCAAAGGUGUAAAAUAGAAUUUAUGUGUAAGUGUAAAACACUCAAACUGAGCAAACCGUGGUUAUCUGAAAAUGCAAGCUCAUUGCAACAAAUCAAGAAUUCUGAACUUACAACUGCAGAUAUUUUGGAAAGGGAGGUGAAGAAUAAAAAGGGACAUGGGGUAGAGACCUCGCAAAAAGAUGAGACUGAACCAAAACGACUAUCGCCGUAUUCGGAGAUGUCACCUCGAGACGAAGGGGAUGGUCGAAGCAUUGCAGACUCGUGUUCGAGUUAUAACACAACGCAAUUUAGAAAUUUUACCAGCAACACAAGUGAUAACAAACCAACUCUUCGAGCGAUAGUGCACAACAGCAACCUCCAAAGAAGAACGAAACAAAGCUAGGACUGACAAUUUUAAUCAAAACUAUGUGUAAAUCUGUGCAAUUUCUCACCAAUUAAUGAUAUCUAACAAAAAAAAAGGUGAACACACUCGAAUAUUGCUUUGUUGAACGAGAAGUUGUAACUUUUGUAUUAUUUAAUUAAUAGAAUUAAUUUUAUACUGCCA